CGACGUUUGAGAAAUGACUUUUGGUGGGAAUUCGGGAGGCCAUCCCAAUCGUGGAACAGGCUUUAUUUUCAUUUCGUGUUUUGUCUUGUGUGUGUGUUUAUUUGUUUAUAUUAAUUCAAAUUUUCUUGGAAGAUUUCACGAAAAGUUUGUAUGUUCUUCUAUUUCCUUUUUCAAUAAACUCCUAACUAAAACUUUUAGUAAAAUAUCACACACGUUUGUACUCCAAAAAUUAGUGCAAAAUGCCUUAUGUGCUUACAAAUGUUAUAAAUGGCAAGGUAUUUACCUUGGCAGAACAAAAGGAAUAUACUAUGGGAAGAAAGCUAACCGAUGAUUUUUUGUUGGAAAAUGAUUCUUCUAUAAGCCGAAAACAUAUUAUUUUACGAGUCAAAGCAGACCAUGUCACUAUUGAAGAUUUUAGUUCCAGGUACCAUACCUUUCGCAAUGGAGAAGAACUAGCUCCUAGAAUAGAAUUCCCUUUGAAUCACAAUGAUACAAUAAAACUUGGAAUGUUUGAAAAC